AUUAAGUAGAGAAAUUUAUUUUACUGAACACGAAUAGAAAGAAACUCGUUUACCGACUUGUUUAUUAAUUACUCGUUUGAUAAUUACUAAUUUGCUAAAAACUUGUUUACAAAUGAAGUCUAUUAUUAUUGAUGGUCAAUUGCUAACAUCUAAUCCAAACAACUUCGACCAUUGGGGUCACCGCAAUUAAGUCUUACACGAUUGCGUUGCUAUGGCAAAAUUAUGUUAUGUUCACUUCGCGUUCCAUGAUAAACAUUUCUUAAAAAUUCAUACGUCAAGAAAACUGCAUUGCGACAACAACAAUAAAAUAUUGUUCCGGUCGCUGGAAAAUUGACCAUUGGUCACCGCUGUGAGUACAAUCAUUAUCAUUGGAAAAUAAUGGACUGUAAGACGAGGUGAUUCGUGAGUGAUGUCUGCUGAGCUGCAUUAAAAAAACUGAUCUGCAUAACGAACAUUUAAGCAUGCGGUGCAAGAGGGGACGAAUCGUGCAGCUCUUGACAUGGCUAGGAUGUGGAGCACUUGUCUUCUACUCGCUCGUUAUUCACGUCCCUCGUCUUCAGCUUGCCCCAUCCACCGCAACAGACGAUAAGAUGCUGACAAAUACUGAAAAUCGACUUAUAAUUUUGCCUAGUGUGAAUCAUGUUGAACGUAAAGUAGAUAUGAGAACUCAAAACAACGCUCCACCUAUCAAAAACGUAAUUAGUUUUAAGACUCAAAAUAAAAUCGAGCUCUCUUUGGACGGAAGAUUCGGCGACCAAGAGAACAAGAAUGAGCUCAGUGGUAAAAACCUCAUUGGUGACUUCAAAGGCAAUGGUAGAAAAAGCGGCAGCAGGAGCUUUGACAAUAAACUUCCGAAAAGGGACGAUGAGAAUUUUGGUGUUGCUGGACAUCGGUCAUAUUUGUUGAAGGAGGAAAAGCUGGUACGGAAUCAAGAGCCGACCACGUUGGAGCUGAUAGAGAGAGCCAGCUUCACUGCCGGAUUGACGCAGUCUCUCAAUCCAGACGAAGAAGAUGGUGACACGUCGCCUGAAAUAAGUAAGAGUUUAAAUUCAAAACACUACAAAAAUUUUAAUGGAAUCGCUGCACGAGCUGAGAGCAGCUUUACUUCAGAUGAGGCUCCCAACACAACCAACGUCACUGACGUCUACGCCCGUGCUGUGGAACACCUCCGUGUGAAGGAAGGUAACCUCUGGUUAAGUUGGCCAGAGUGCCUGUGUGGGGAGUCAUCGCCUUCAGGUUUGGAGUGCAGCCCCCAAAUGGAGCCGCCAGGAGCCAGAACGUUGGCCUAUGGAUCAGGAGGAACGUGUAGCUGGAGAGCCGCUCGCUACAGCUCCGAUAGAGUGAUCAGCGUUACUACAUUCGGCCCAUCAGCAUCAUAUGAAGCUCCUCUUGCGUCCCUGAUCUGGGAUUCGCCGAGGCUGUUUCCCGGGUGGUCGGUGUGGGUGUAUGUAAGGCACCCUCAUCCCCAGCAGGUAUGCACUCUGCUUCGAAGCGCUCAACACGUCUUCUUCUGUGACUCUAGAUCAUUGCCGGCUCUUGGUGAUCUCAAACGGACGAAUCCCCGCAUGUGGAAGGUGGCGCCGCUGGGGGACCCGAACCUGAGGGCCGUGUACGUACGGAGCGUUGGUAGUCUCUCGUCGCCGCGUGAGGCUCAAGCCGUUCAACAGUGGCUGCACUCUGGCAAGACUUGGCACGUGAUGCGCGAUCAUACCCAGCACACCAUGCCGGUCGUCGACGGGCUUUGGUGCGCUCGUUGGACUCCGACCUCCGCCUACAGAAUGGCCGCUCUCAGGAACAUCCUCCUGCAGCGGUCAUAUGCCUCGCUCGACGCCCAACAAACUUCGAAAUAUCUUUCCGACGUGCUGUGGCCGCAGAUCAAGCUCAGCGGUUCCGUCCUGCAGCACGACGCUUAUCGCUGCGCUGAGGCGCUUCCCGAAAGCUUCAAGCCUUGGCCCAGUAGAAGAGAAGGCAAUUACCACGUCGGUAUGAGAGAAAAACUUGCAGUUUCGCUAGAAUGUCCCGCUGCAUGCCGACCUAUUGACCACCAAGACUGGACGACCUGUUAAAAACGGAACAAAUGUAACGUUCUCAGAACGUGCCUUUACUCUAAACUUACACUUUUAGUCAAUCGACCAGCAGAAGUAAGUUUGCAAUGAAGAUGAAGUGAAUUUAUUUGGCGUCCUUUUGCUUGUAAAUUCUUGGUAAAGACGAUUGUGGAUCGAUGUAAGAGGGUAAUUUGCAGAGGAAGCCUUGCUCUAAAUAUUUUGUUUCGGCUCGCUGUGUUUCUCUAGCCACUACAGUCUGAUAUUGGGAGUUUAUUAAAAAAUUCUUCAAUGGCACAAAUUUUUAUUCCCAACAAAAGUGUUAGUUAGAUCAAGUGAUGAAAUAAAUUUGUUCGACUGCCUAGAGUCCGACCAUCGGCUUAUGGGACCAGCCACCCUGAACAGUCAAGGCGUUGACUUGAACCAGCGACACGACUCUUGCGGACUUUGCUUCCCUGAAGCCAAGUUGAGGUAGCGAUCCCUGACGAGGAAUG